AUGGCGGACAGGACGAGCAAGUGGGACGCUGCUCCCGACGACGGCUCCAACGAGACCAGCGCAUCAGCAGCAGCAGCAGCUGCUGCUGCCGCGGCCAAGAUCGCUGCGCAAUUCUCCCAGAGACAGGCAGCUGGCGCCGCAUCGCCUCCGGGAGGCGUAGACAGAAGCGGCCACAAUGCGAGCUCUCCACCGCUAAAGGAUGGGGAAGGCAAGAGGAAGGAGGAUCACGAACCCGAAUUCACGCACGACAUUGAGAUCAACGAUCAGAGGAAUCGCUAUAUGCUGACCAAAGGACAGACUCAGACGCAGCUCUUCCAAGAGACGGGCGCGAGCGUGAGCACAAAGGGAACCUGGUAUCCGGACAAGAGUAUGGCCACGCCUCAGGAUCCUCCCCUCUACCUUCAUAUUGCUGCCACCUCGCAAGAAAUCCUGAACAAGGCCAUCGCUGCUGUGGAGGAGCUCAUCAAACAGGAACUACCUGACCUCAACCCCGACCCUCGUCGACACAGGCAAGAGAGGGAGGAGCGACCACCGCCUGAGAGAGUGAGUUUGUAAAACGUCCAAGGCAUUCGUCGCGCACUGCCCUGCCUUGCUGUGCGGCCAACCAUACCGGUGCCGUCCAGCAAGUGACCUGUGCAUGGGGCGGCACCGUACACACCUGGCGAUGUCGUGCCGUGGCAGUCAUUCUGCUGCACAUGUCAUCGCACACGUUCUGACUCAUCCGGCACGCGCGUCUGCUGUUCCCCACUUGCAGAGAAGAUGGCCUGAAGACAAGGUGUACAUCGACUUGGAGCCCUUGAGAAAUUUCAACGUACGGGCAAAGGUCGUUGGACCCGGCGGUCUCUUUGUCAAGUACAUUCAAGGGGAGACCGGUACGCGCGUGCAGAUCAAGGGUCAAGGCAGUGGCUUCAUCGAAUCCGAGUUGGGUAGGGAAGGCGAUGAGAAGAUGCACGUCAGCAUUGCGUGAGUCAGGCAACUUCGAGACUUGCUGGCUACUGCGACGCCACGCGUGAUUUCAUGGCUGAGUACCCAUUGUCUUGCACGCGUCACGCUGUUGACGGCAGAGGACCUGAUGAGGCACAGGUAAAGGCAGCGAAAGAACUGGCAGAAGAUUUGCUCGAUGCAGUCAAGAACGAGUAUGCGAAAGCGUACGCUGUGCUGCAACAGCAAGGCGUCUGGGUGCCUCCAUUUGCUGGAGCUGCGGGAGUGAGUGCACUCGCAUUACAAUGCACUUUGUGCACGCCUGCUGACGUCACCUCAUCGUGCCGACCCGCUCUUUCUGUUCAGCAACAACAACAGCAGCCUUAUGGCGCAUACCAGCAGCAAGGCCAAGCCGGCUGGUACGGAGCUCAGGGACAAAUGAGCGGAGGUCACGCUCAAGGUGGCAUGCCACCCCAGCCUGAUGAUCCGGCACCCCCGCCUCCACCCGAAGAUGCAGCCCCACCGCGUGAGUGAGAUAUCGAGAAGGCCCUCGAUCACGUCUUUGCCGCUGAGUGACCGAUUGAUGAUUCUGGCACCACAGCUCCUGGUGACGAUUACGCACCACCCCCUCCAGCUGAGCAGAAGCGCUUCGUUCCUGCCACAGCGGCCCCUGCACCAAUCAAGCAGAAGACAGCAGAAGAGCAAGCUCUGGAAAAGUAUUGGGCGGACUACAAAAAGUGGCAAGUGAGUACACGGAGCGGACUUGCGUAUGCAGUCCCCAAGGAAAGCAAUGUGGCGGCACAAGCACCAACUGCCAGCGCAAUCUGACCCUCCGCUGUGUCUGCCGCCAGGAGUCCUACGUCGCCUACCACGGACGAGUGCCGACCAAAGAUGAGGGUGGUCAAGACAUUCCGUCUGAAUUUCGUUGA